AUGGUGCGACAGCAAUGGGAUCCGGUUUUCCAUAUCAGAUCUAUCGCCACCUACAUCACGAAUACUACCGACUCUUCACGUCCACAGUUCGACCUGAAAGGGAAACGAAUCCCCAUUCCAGAUUCUGUUACUCGUGCUGUUAUUGCUUCAUUCCUGCGUUUCAAGAUUAUCUGCGGUGAUUUUGAGGUCCCGGAAAAUCAAAUCCGUAUCAUUGCCACCGAGGCAACUCGUGAGGCGUUGAACUCGGCUGAAUUUAUUGCUGCAAUCAAAAAGGAAACUGGCUUGACCGUUGAGGUACUCCCGAAGGGCGAAGAGGGCAAAAUUGGUGCAAUGGGUAUAGCUAGCAGCUUUACAUACGUCGGCGGUCUCGUGAUGGACCUUGGUGGGGGAAGCACCCAGAUCAGCUGGAUGGUCUCUCGUGAGGGCCAGGUCCAAACAAGCCCAGCAGGAGCCUUUAGUUUCCCGUACGGAGCGGCUGCAAUGACUCGCAUAUUGGAUGACAUCAAAGCCGGGAAGUCAAAGGAGGAGGCCGAUAAAGCACUUGCCAAACUUCGGGAAGACAUGAAGAAGAAGUUUUUGGACGCGUAUCGCAAUUUGGAGAUACCACAAGAAUUAAUUGACAUCGCCAGACUUUACGGAGGAUUUCAACUUUAUCUCUGUGGUGGCGGCUUCCGGGGUUGGGGAUACCUCCUGCUUUACCAAAGCCAAGUGCAUGGCCACCAUUAUCCCAUUUCAAUCAUCAACGGCUACAAGGCGGACAAAGUUCAUUUCGAAAGCACCGAGGAGCUGAAACACAUUGCACACACGGCGAAUAAAAUCUUCCGCAUCUCCGAUAGAAGACGAGCUCAAGUCCCGGCCGUGGCAUUUUUGGUCAACGUUCUCUCCGAGGCCAUUCCAUUCGGUAUCAAGGAGGCACAGUUCUGUCAAGGUGGAGUACGUGAGGGCGUCCUAUUUCAGGAGCUACCAAUUCAUACUCGGAGGGAACACCCACUUCAAGUCGCUACUGCGCGAUACGCGAGGCCAUCAGCUAUGGCCUUGGGUGAUCUAUUGCUAUCCGCCAUUCCAAUUUCGAUGGGCAAUGAGCCGAGAUCAUUCCCUAGGUCAAUCUCGACUGACAUCAUCCGCUCAUUGGCCAACGUAUUUUUCGAAUACUCAGACGUGUCAAAAGAAUCCUCUUCGAGCGCUGCUCUGUCCAGCACUACAACUGGGAUCUUAGCUUCAGCACAUGGAGUCUCACACUCCGAUCGAGCUCUUCUGGCUCUCAUGUUUGAGGAGCGAUUCGAAGGUGAAUUACCUCCCCGUGAGGCUGAUUACAAGACAGCACUCAGCGACAUACUCACGCCUGAGGAAGUCUGGUGGACUCGCUACAUCGGUAAGGUAGCGAUGACAGUAGCGAGGGUGUAUCCUACUGGGGUUAUGGAGGAGGGAGAGCCUCGAGUAAAAAUCUCUGCUCAAUGGGUCGCAGGUUUAGGAAGGCACGGCAACAAGAACGGAAUAGAAUUGAAGUUCUCCGUUCCCAAAGUUCCUAACGAUCCAUUAAUGCGGAAGCCUGUAUUGGAAGACCUUUUGCAUGUCAUUCAAAAGGUGGGGAAACGGAAGAACUGGGUUGGCGGAAAGGAAGGGUGGGGAAUAAAAGUCAAAGUUAUUGUUGAAGAGGAUGAAUGGGUGGACGGUGAGGAAGUGUGGCAUAUUGAAGGUCAACCUUUUGACGUGGAGUCGCAAGGCUACCAGAGUGCCUCGAGAGGGCAAUUGCUAUAA